UGGCGAAUAACUUCGGUAUGCGUCCCUACAUCAAACGACAUGCCCCGAAAGUUCGUACGGGGUGUGUAAUAUGCAAACGUCGACGGAUUAAGUGCGACGAAGCGAAGCCGCAAUGCCUUCGAUGUGUGAAACAUGGUUCACAUUGCUAUUACGAAGUGCCUAAUACUUGGGUUUUCGAACCUAAGAAACACGUACAAGAUGCUCCCGAGAAGCGCACUAGAACUUCCUCCACGACAGGACUGUACCACGAACUGAAUUGGGAUAUUCUAAGCAGCGACGACUCGCAUUUUCUCGGUCUCUUCGUUCGUCGACUCGGACGUGUGACGGCCGAGUAUGGCCACGGCCGUUUUGACUUCUGGACUCGAUUAGUACCUCAAGUCGCUAGUUCGGUCCCUGCAAUCAAGCACAUUCUCAUUGCCUCCGCUCUGUCCAACGAGGCAUGGCUCCGCUUGACCGUACCAUCCUCAUUGGAACGAGCAAUCGACCACCAUUACAACCUUGCCUUACGCGAGAUCGCAUAUGGGAGUCCUACGCCCGAGGUCGCCUUGAUGAUGUGCCUUGCCGCUUUCACAUUCGAGUCUAUCAAUGGCCGAGUGGAGUUGGUGAAGACCCAUCUUCUGAGUGCUGGACGAAUCGUUGAUGACUACCAUCAUAAGUUAUCUCAAUAUACCAUUGCUAGGUCAAGUUUGCUCUUUGAGGCCAUCGAACCUAUAGUCUUUGAAUGUCAGAUCUACGCCGGUAUCAUUCCACCUCGUGGAACACCAGUAGAUGGCAUACACACCAUUCAAUAUUGGAAAACAGAGCCGGUCACGCCUCCGUAUGUUUCAAUUGAGGAUGCAGGAUAUGAAUUGACCGCAGCAACUAGAUACCUUCUGGAACCCGCCGGCCAAACCACCUACGCCAUGAUUCGUGCAUCUGUAUUUUUGAGCAGAUGGCGCAAAAGUUUCGACAAAUUCCGACCACAAAAAGACCGAUAUUCCAAGACGUUGCUGUGCUUGCAUGAUCUUAUGAAGGCCUUGCUUGACGUGCUGCAGCAGACAACUGACCAGGACGUGUCGGUGUCCAUCACUCUGGCAAUCUGUAGGAUGAGAGGCAUCACGGAGCUGGGAGCUGCGAACCUCGAAAGAGUCUUGAUAGGCGCGAGUCAACUUCUUGCACCGCGUUGUUCGACGUCCGACCAAAAGGAAGGCGUGGAACGAGUCCUUGAUAUGUUCGAACCGUAAAAUUCCACUAAUUCCAUCGUACGGAAGAAUCAGCUCAGCCAUUGUCCUUGAUUUAACGCCGUUUGCGACUGGAGAAGACUAGAUGCAGAGGCGCCAGGAUACAAGUGAAGCAAUCUUUGGUCUCGUUCAACAAUGCCUGUCCGUCCUCUAGCGAAUCAAAUUUGAUUUCAAAUUCGAGCACAAGCUUAGCCAGGACCGUCCGCAUCUCCAUAUAUGCCAAUUGUUUACCUAUGCAGCUAGAAGCGCCUCCGCCAAACGUGAGAAAUGCGCCUCUGUUAAUCAGAAGUUCUGGACGCGUUGUCCACCUUUCUGGUAUGAACGAGUCAGGCUGCUUGUACGCUUUUGGUGAUCUUUGAAUCACAUAGGUUGGGGUCAGUAUUGUGACAUUCCCUGGGAUAUAACGAUCUCCACAAGUUAGUCCCUGAGCAGGAGAAUCUCUGAAAACGCCAUUCGGUAUGGGCGGAUGCAUUCUCAAAGUCUCCUGGAUCACAGCAUUCAGAUAUGGCAAAUGCUGCAGAGCGGUGGGCUUUGCCACUUGUGCACUGUCUAUGCCGUUGGAGAACAAUUCCGAUCGCAUUUGCUCUGCCAGAGCUGGUUCGGACGCCAGGUGGUACAAGGCAAAAGUCAGAGCAGCCGCGGUAGUAUCACUCCCUGCUGUGAUUAUGAGUCUGCUGUCGCCCACCAGUAGUUGGUGGUCAUCGUGAGCGUUUCCGAAGAAUGGCUCGCGCAGGAGGUGAUGGAAAACAUCCGGUUUCUCGGGCUUCACAGAUUUUCUUUGCGCAACGCAACUUUCGCAAUACUCGAGGAACUUUGUCAUCGGCAUCAUUUUCGCAGGGAGUUUUGUCAUAAUAUGCAGCAGCCAGGGUGUAUGUUGAAAAAGCCCUAAAGGGAUCAGAUUCUGGUGCAUGAUCUUGAUGGCGAAGUGGGCUUGACCAGUCUUCAGGGCAUCGAACGACCUCGAGAACGCGACCUCGCCCAUGACGUCGUAGGUAUAGUAUGUCAUCCACUUUGAGACGUCGACAGAUUGGCCGGCAAGAGACAAAAUCUGCUGCAGAAGCAUGUCGGUGCAGCUGACGACACGGUCAUCGUAAGCCCGCAGCGAUUGGACGUUGAAUGCUUGGUCCCAGCCUGCCCUGCGCCGGCGUUCAUGCAUUUUCUUGUCUCUCAUCUGAUGCAAAGUCAUCAUCGGGAACCCGAUGUUAUACCAGAUCGAUUUUGUACAUUGAGAACGACCGCCAUGAACGAUCUCGACGAUAUCCGGAUCCGCAAUAGAGAUCUCGUUGGGUCCUGUUAAAGUCAGCCUGCGAUUCGAAGAGCAUUCUAUAUGCCCACGCACCAGUUCGAACAUAGUCGCCAUACUUUUCAUGCCAUUCUUGUAUAUGCUUGUAGUCCUUGAGAUCGCUAGUCUGCCAAACGUACCAAAACUUUGAUAUACGAGCGAGAAAAGGACCUGGGUAGUCUCGCAAGCGAUGGAGCCAUGCUCGAUAUACCGACAUGCUUGUCCAUAGUCCACCGACAAAUGAAGCCCAGAGCACAAUAACGACUGUGGUGGCCUCUCUAAUACUGUACCCAAGGACGGUCAGACCAUUGAGUAAUGCUACAGGCGAGAAAACGCUCAGCAGGAGGAUCUUGGGCGCAUCAUCAAGGUGCUCCCCAAGCCGGAAGUAGAAGAGGUGACACAUGAAGCCAGCUGUAACAGCGCCGCAGCAAAGAGGUAGCAAAGCCAUACUGGGUUGUGUGGCAUGGUUGCAAUAUUGUGGAUAUGGCCAUGACGAAUAUAUAUGUGCGUGUUUAGACCCCGGAAUUGCAGCGCAGGCUGGGAAGCGCUUCGGUACGAGGGGUGGAGAAUCGGCCAUCCUGAAGAGAUUAAUGAUCGACGCCUGAGCAUUUGGGGGACAAUUAACACUACCACUCCAUUCCCUCUUGUUGCCCACCAGACUUGCCGAUGAGUGCUAUUGUCUAAUUUUGUUCCAGACUUGUUCAACCUUGUGAUCUCUGUAAAUGAAUGCAGCCUUGAGUCGGCAGCCG